UCUGUAACCAUGGUCUGAACUUUUCUCAAACAUUUGGGCUUCAUGGACACUUCUCAACUGUCAUUGCAUUUUUAGUGCUUUAUUAUCAGCCAAAAGCUUCGAGUAUUGUUAGUGGUAGCCAUGGAUAUGGCUCUCUCGCUUCCACCUUCUGAUUCAUCCCUGUCUCCGUUUCUCCUUCGAACUCAUAAUUGUUCUCCACUUGGAGCUUUCAAAUUUCGAACUUAUUGUUAUUCUCGUCGUUCAAUUCAAGUUUAUGCCGCUACGACCAAGAGAAAGCCAAGGCCUAGCUUCUUUGAACAAAUUCGGGAUAAAUGGUCUGUCAGAGUCCCUUCAAAAAGAGAGAAAUUUCCAUGGGAAGAACAAAAACAACAGCAAUCACAAGAAGAAGACGACGAAGAGGAAGAAAUAGAAGUGCAACAAACAUCUGGAACGGUUUUCGGUGAAGCAGAAACCGAUGCUAGCACAUCAGUGAAUGAUGAUUCAGUGAGUUUUACUCUACCCAGUCGUUUCAUUACAGCUCCUUGGAUUCAUGGAUCAACAUCCCAAAGGACCAACUUCUAUUCUCACCAUAAAAAUGAUGAAAAUGUUAAUGGGAUUGCCAGCCAUCGCGAAGAAACUGCUGUACAUAAUGUUGUUGAUAAAGGAGAAAGUAUGAAGAAGGAAGCUACUUACAACGAAAUAUGCAAGGAAGAUGAUGAUUUGUUAGAUGUUGAUGACACAGAAAGUUUUGAAAAAGAAGUAAAUUAUAAUGACAAAUGUACAGAAGAAAAGGUUGAACUUGGUCCUAUUUCUGUUGAGUUACUAAGCGAGAAGGGAAUUGCAAGAGCUAAGGAGUCAAACGAUGCUAUUUCUCAAAAUGAGAAACCUAUGGGCGAUGGGUACAAGGGAAAUAAUCAGGUUUCUCGUGAUCAUAAUAGCAGUCCAAUCGAAUUGCCGUGGGAGAGAAAGAGUGAAGUGGAGUCUUCCGAAGGAGAUUGGAGGGGGAAGAGAAGCAACACUGAUUUGGCAGAGAGAAUUUUGCCUGAACAUGAGUUGAAGAGGCUGAGGAAUAUUUCCUUGAGGAUGUUUGAGAGGAUUAAAGUUGGGGCUGCAGGCAUUACCCAGGAUUUGGUGGAUGCAGUUCAUGCGAAGUGGAAGCUGGAUGAGGUGGUGAAGCUGAAGUUUGAAGGGCCUCUUUCAUGUAACAUGAAAAGGACACAUGAGAUUUUGGAGGCUAGAACUGGAGGUCUGGUUAUAUGGAGAUCAGGUAGCUCGGUGGUGUUGUACAGACGAAUGUCCUACAACUUUCAAUGUGUACAAUCAUAUUCCAAAAAAAAUGAGGCAAAGAAGGGUAUUUUAUCCCUUUCAGAAGAAGUGACAAGUAACGCUGCAAGUAGUGGAGUGAAGGACUUCAUUGGAACCAGGGAAUCAGUUAUGCCUGAGUAUGCAAAGUAUUUGAAGCAUCUAUCUAAAGAGGAACUUAUGGAUUUUGGUGAACUAGAUCAGUUGUUGGAUGAGCUCGGUCCAAGGUUUAAAGAUUGGUGCGGCCGUGAGCCAUUGCCUGUGGAUGCAGAUUUGCUUCCUGCUGUGGAUCCUGAAUAUAAACCUCCAUUUAGACUUCUUCCUUAUGGGGUAAGACAUAGUUUGACGAACAAGGAGAUGACAGUUUUCCGUAGGCUUGCAAGAACUGUGCCUCCUCAUUUUGCCCUAGGAAGGAACAGAGAAUUGCAAGGUCUGGCAAAAGCUAUGGUGAAGCUAUGGGAAAGAAGUGCUAUUGCAAAGAUAGCCAUAAAACGAGGUGUGCUGAAUACACGAAAUGAAAGAAUGGCAGAAGAACUCAAGAAAUUGACAGGAGGAGUACUACUAUCUAGAAACAAGGAGUACAUUGUAUUUUAUAGGGGAAAUGACUUCUUGCCACCUGCUAUCAUGGAGACACUGAAAGAAAGGCGGAAAUUAACUUUUCUUAAACAAGAUGAGGAAGAGCAAGCCCGCCAGAUGACCUUGCCUUUUAUUGAAUCUAAUGCUAAAAAUACUGAAGGCAUGGUUGCUGGAACUCUUGCUGAAACCAGGGCAGCAACCUUGCACUGGAAGAAUCAACUGGGCAGGGAAGGUGUAGAGGAAAUGCUUAGAGAUGCAUCUUUAGCUAGACUUGCUUCAUUAGUCAAACAUCUUCAGAAUAAACUGGCCCUUGCAAAAGGGAAACUCAAAAAGGCUGAUACAGCUUUAGCAAAAGUACAAGGACAUCUGGAACCAGCAGAUUCUCCAACUGAUUUGGAAACCAUAAAUGAUGAGGAAAGGUUCUUGUUUCGCAAGAUUGGUUUGAGUAUGAAACCUUACCUCCUUCUAGGAAGGAGAGGAGUCUAUGAUGGUACUGUAGAAAAUAUGCACUUACAUUGGAAAUAUCGUGAAGUGGUAAAGGUAAUUGUGAAAGGAAAAAGCUUUGCACAGGUCAAGCAUUUUGCAAUUUCCUUGGAGGCUGAGAGUGGUGGCAUAUUAGUAUCUGUAGAUAGAACAACCAAAGGCUAUGCUAUCAUUAUUUAUCGUGGAAAAAAUUAUCUACGUCCUAAUAUAAUGAGGCCCACAAAUUUAUUGACAAAAAGACAGGCAUUAGCCAGGUCAAUUGAACUUCAGAGACGAGAGGCGCUGAAGCAUCAUAUCUCAGACCUAGAGGAGAGGAUUCAAUUACUGAAGUUUGAACUAGAAGAAAUGAAAUAUGGCAAAAAGAUUGAUGUAGAAAAAACCUUGGGCUCAAUGACGGGGGACACUUCUGUUUCUGAAAGUGGUGUUGAAGAGAAGAAGGAAGAGGCGUAUCUUGAAGUAUAUGACAGUAGCCAUGAAGAUACAUAUGAUCAAACACAAGCAUGCUAGAAAAAAGGCCAGCUGAUUCGGAUUAAGAUGAUGUGCAUAUUAGCUGUUGGGAAAGAUGAAUAAUGGAACUUGCCAAACAAUGGUCAAGAUGAUAGAUGACUCAACAUUUCAUGUCAUGCUCUGGGGACUUACCUAACAUCAUUUGUUGUCUACUAGAGAUUAUGGAAACAUUUUUGUAAUCCAAAUGCGGUGGGGAUGUUAGAACAAGUAACCGUCAGCUUCUACUCUGUUAUUUAAGGGAAGGGCGACUUCCACCAGCAUUACUUGAGUCGUGAAUUCUUGUAUAAGCGUAAUAUGUGCAAAUGAUCUUGCAAUUUUCUUUUAACUAUUAUUAUUUUUUGGCUUA